CUUGGCAUCUUCAACAUCCCCAAGCAAAGGAAAAACCAUUGAAACAUGGUUUCUCUGCGGAUAUCCACCGUCUUUUGUUUCUUCUUCAUCUUUGCCUCACUUACUAGCGCCAAUGGUGCUACAACAGUACACGGAAAGCUUUUCCAAGCUACCACAAACUUUAUUAUGACUUCUUGUCAAGCGACCCAUUACCCAGAGAUUUGUUACAACUCAUUGCAGAGCUAUGCUAGCCUGGUUCGGCGCAGACCCAGGCAGCUGGCCCUUAUCGCGCUCUCAGUGAGCCUAGACCGAGCCCGGUCCAUGUCGGCGGCCUUGUCCAGAAUGAAGGCGGCUAACAGGGGAUCGAUGAGCCGCAGGGAGGUCGGUGCCAUGAAAGACUGCCUUGAGACCUUGGGCGACUCCGUAUACUUGCUGAAGCAGUCGGUUAAGGAGAUGGAGGGAAUGGGCAAUACCGGCAACUGGGGACUGCAGAUCAAUGACCUGCAGACUUGGGUGAGUGCUGCGCUCACUGAUGAGGACACAUGCAUGGAAGGAUUCUCCGGCGACGGGGCCGUCGAUGUCGCGGAGAUUAAGUCGGAGGUCCGGUCUAGCAUCCUGAGAGUGGCGCAAUUGACAAGUAACGCACUGGAUUUCAUCAACCAGUUGUCUCAAGUUGGGAAGAAAGUCCUACCAUGAGCAGAAUGCAUGUGUUACCACCAUGAACAUUAAUCUCUCUCCCUCUCUGCCUCAAGGCGUAGGGCGAUGCUGGUUUUGUGCGCUAUGUUCUCUCUUUCUCAUAUGUGUGUCUGUGUGUGCACGCGUCCGCUUGCAGACUUGCCCUACUAAUUGGUAGCUGUGAGUGUCUGCGCGUCUGUAUGUUUGUGUAAUGCACGCACGCAUCAUGUACUGUUACAUGUUUGUGCAUCAAAGUAUCUGGGUGGUGUUCUAAAAAUCAGAAAUCGAUUGAAUUAGCUCAGUGGUUCAGCUUAAGUGGAUGUGAAUUGUUAA